CAAUCCAGCAGGUCUCAGAGCUCGCCGGUGUCCUGAUUUUAAGCUGGCCCCAAAUGCUGAGCCCAUGAUGCUGGGGCUGUCGAGCCAUGAUGCCCAGUGAAACUCUCUGGGAAAUCACAAAAGCCGAAGUGGAAGAGCGUGGAAGUAGUGGAAGUGAAGGUGAUGGACUUGAAAUUGGAGAAAAAUCUGUUUUCUUCAUUGGAAGUAAAAAUAGGGGAAAGACUACUAUUAUUCUAAGGUGUCUUGACAGGGAUGAGCCACCAAAACCAACCUUAGCUUUGGAAUAUACAUACGGAAGAAGAACGAAAGGGCAUAAUAUACCAAAAGAUAUUGCUCACUUUUGGGAACUAGGUGGAGGAACCUCUUUAUUGGACUUAAUCAGCAUACCAAUCACGAGUGAUACCUUAUGGACAUCUUCUAUUGUUCUUGUUUUGGAUCUUUCCAAACCUAAUGACCUUUGGCCCACCAUGGAAAUUCUGUUGCAAGCCACAAGAAGCCAUGUAGAUAAAAUGAUAAUGAAACUGGGGAAGACAAAUUCUAAAGGAGAGUCUGAAAUGAGACAGAAGAUAUGGAGUAAUAUGCAGAAGGACCAUCCAGGGGACAGGAGGCUACUGGAACCCUACAUUCUACUUGCAGGAAGCAGACUGGUGAAACCACUCAAUGUUGGCGGGACUGCCCGGAUCAGGCUGCAGCACCCGUGCCUGGUGGAGGACCCCCUCUCGCCACCUGUACCCCUCACAGAGCUGCUGGCCCCUCAGCUCUGGCACGGGCGUCUCGGCUGGUCCACCAAGUGCUGGGGUGCAUGA